AUGAACAUUUCAUGUGUGAUAACACUGAUCUUCUAUGUAACACCCAUGUGCACACGUUUGUUGAUCGUUGACGUAACUGAUACAACACUGGUCGACGUCCUGAUAGUGUAUUCAGGAAUCAGUUGCACUUUCAAUCCACUAGCAAUCCUUGCAGCUCUGUUCAUUAUGCAGGAAGACGUGAAAGCGGCUGUCCACAGCAGUUUGCCGAAUUGUUUGCAUUGGCUAAUUCAACAUCAGCCACCAAGUUUCGUCUCCGGCACAUUGCAGGGUGACAAGCUGACGACGGCUAAUCAUGAGAUCCAAAAAAAACACAUCAUGGCAGCAUUUUUCUCGCGCUUGCCGCAGUGGACCAAGAAAACUGCAGUACAGUCGCUUUCGAAAUCAGCAACGUCCGCGCAACCAUAA